AUGACGGCCACGAGGAAAUGCAGCAGGCAGAGAAGGAGCACAGCCUUGCAGACGCGCUCCAGCGUCCCCCCCAGCAGUCUGCUCAUCCCGCAGGCGGCCACUGGCCCGCCCAGUGGGCCCGGGCAUCCGGCUGCUGGCCCGGCGCUCGGGGCUCAGCAGGGGACGCCGCUCCGGCUUGGGCAGGGCUCCCGGCUCCGGCGGCUGCGGACGGUUCCGUCCCCCAUGGCCCGGCCCCGCCGCCCGGUCAGCGGCCACCGCGGCCCCCGGGUCGCCUCCCGCCGCCGCCGCCGCCGCCGCCGCCGCCGCCGCCGCGGGCCAUGGAGCCGAGCCGCCCCGGGGGGCAGGGCGGGGCCGGGCGGCCGGGCAGACCCACGGACCGGCGGACCCACGGACCACAGCGCCGCCGCCUCCCUCCCGCGCUACGGCGCCUCGGAGGGGCAGGCCCGGGCCGCGCGCCCGCGCGCGCGCCCCCGCGGCCCCCGCCUCCAGCACGCCCGCACCCGCCGCGCGCCGCUGCGAGCCCGCCCUGCCGGCGGCCGAACCCGGGCACCCAGGAGGCACGGACCUGGGAGCGCGGGAGGAAAUGGGUCAGGCUCCUCCAAAGGGUGGGCUUAGAGGUCGGACCGGCGAGCGGGUGCAGACUGUGGAGUCCCUUAGCGGGGAGUGGGGAUUGGAUUGGAGCGCGAACUCCCCAGGAAGGGGACCUGGAGGUUGGGCGGACUCAGGCUGCGGGGCUAGGGAUUUGUCAACUCUUUAAUUGGACCAAGAUUCAAGGUCGGCCAGCAGAGAGGGGGCAGGACCCUUAAAGGCGUGGGCUGGAGGUGGCUGGGGCUUCUGGGGUAACAGGAAACAGGGUCAGGGAAG